UCAACGAAUCCCAUCCCAGCGGCCAUGGCAGACGAGGCCGUUCCAGGCCCGUCGCGGUCGCCUCUUGCAGAUGUCGUCAGCCAGCUGCCCCUGACUUGGCCAAUCCCUAGCCCAUCGACGGAUGCCAGCCUCGUCCCAUCGUCGGACAUUGCUCUCGAGGAGGAUCUGCUCCUCAACCAAGACUCACUUCGAGCAUGGCGUGCAUACAUCGACCACAUUGAGACGGCAAACUAUCGAAAGCGUGCGCCACCCGACGUACGUUUCAGUCCCAUCGAGGCUACACUUCUGGGUCCACUCGCCAGCAGCGACAAUCGUACCGCUCUGCGCAGAAUUGUCAGCAUCUACGAGCGGGCAUUGGCAAGGUUCCCAAACAGCUACGCCCUCCACCGUAACUAUCUCUACGCGCGGGCAAGAUACAUCUUGGGAGAACCUCGCGGCGGUCUCGAUGCCCUACAUAAGCGCAUCAAUCAGUCAUCCAAGCGCAACCUGGACGUCGGCCCUGGUCUCCUCGAAGAGGACAGUGACGACGAAUGGCAAUGGCAGUGGAAGCAAGGCGGCGCCUUGGACGGCCUUGUAGGCUACAAAGAGUGGACGGCCCUUGUCGGGGCCUGCGAGCGCUCGCUGCAGUGUAUGCCUUCAAUGCCUCGGCUCCACCUCUUUUACCUUUCCCUCUUUCUCCACCCACUCUGCCCUGCUCCCCUCUCCCUCACCCACGCAAGAAGGACAUUCGAUCGGUCGCUGCGCUUGCUGCCUCCUUCUCUACAUCUGCGAGUAUGGAAACUUUACUUGCGCUGGGCUGAACAGGUCGGCGGCGAGACGGGCCUUCGCGUCUGGCGACGAUACCUUGCCGUCGAUUCAAGCUUGACGGAACGUUACGCCAAGCUGCUGCUGCGACCGGAAAGCGGAGACGAAGACGAGGAGAGCGAAUCAGCGCCGCCCGCUCCUCGCAUAUUGGAGGCUGCCAAGCUCCUUCUGCGCCUGGCUCUCGAGGCAGGAAAAGGCGAUUACACAUCCAAUGAGGGCAAAUCGCCCUAUCAGCUGUUCAAUGAUUGGGUCGACCUCGUUGAACGAUACCCAGAGGAGACCGGUAUGGAUGAAGACGAAGAGGAAGCAUCGCAACCGCAUAGCGUGGAAGUGAGGGAUCUGGAUCCGCGCCACUCUGCGCUGCUUCCUGUCCGCUCCAUCAUCCUCGCCAACAUGCCACAGUUCCCCGAUCAAGCGGGCAGAUUGUGGGUGGGUUUGGCUACCUACCAUCUCAAGCGAGGCGAGAUAGACCUUGCGAAGAAGACAUUUCAGCGGGGCUUGCGGGAAGUGAUGACAGUGCGCGACUUCUCAGUCAUCUUUGACGCCUUUGCAGAGUCGGAGGAAGGCGUCAUCUCGUACCUCAUGAAUGAGCUCGAGGAAGGAGACGAAGAAGAUGCCUCCGAGAACCGCGGUCAGCGUGAAGAGGAGCUCGACGAGCGAAUGAAGGAAUUCGAGGAGCUGAUGGAGGCCCGCCCCUUCCUCGUCAACGACGUCAUGCUCCGACGCAACCCGGAUGAUGUGCAGGAGUGGGAGAAGAGAGUGGCCCUCUUCGGCGAGCAGGAUGACAAGAUCAUCGAGACGUACAAGAAGGCCAUCGAGACCAUCAACCCACGCAAAGCGACAGCAAAUCACCACCAGCUCUUCCUGAAUUUUGCGCGCUUCUACGAGGUCGGCGGGGUUGAAGGCCUCAAACUGAUCGAGCAGAUGCGCCGCGACGCCAGUAUUACCCUGCCGUCGGACGAGGACCUUCCGAUACCGGACCUCGAGUCCGCUCGCAAAAUCUUCGAGCGAGCUGUAGCGGUACCCUACAAGCGAGUCGACGAUCUGGCCGAAAUUUGGAUCUCCUGGGCAGAGAUGGAGCUGCGGCACAGCAACUACGACGCGGCUCUCCGUGUUAUGAGCCGCUCAGUGCAGCCGCCAAGACACACAAAAGGCGUCAGCUACCACGACGACACACUACCACCGCAGUCCCGUCUUUUCAAAUCGCUCAAGCUCUGGACCUUCUACUCUGACCUCGAAGAGUCCAUCGGCUCAACUGAGGGGGCCAAGGCAGUCUAUGAUCGCGUGCUAGAGCUGAAGAUCGCAAAUGCUCAGACGAUCAUCAACUAUGCCGCCUUCCUCGAGGAGCGCUCCUAUCACGAGGACGCGUUCAAGGUUUACGAGCGUGGAGUAGAGUCCUUUGGGUACCCAAUCGCCUUUGAAAUCUGGAAUGUUUACCUUUCCAAGUUCAUCAAGCGUUAUGGCGGCUCCAAGAUCGAACGGGCCCGCGACCUCUUUGAGCAAGCGCUGAGUGGCUGUCCACCCAAGUUCGCCAAGAUAUUGUUCCUGAAGUACGGCGCUCUGGAGGAGGAGCACGGCCUUGCUAAGCGGGCGAUGAAGAUCUAUGAGCGUGCGACUCGCGAGGUGGGCGACGAGCAGCGCUUCGACAUGUUCUCCUUUUACAUCGCCAAAACGGCCGCCUCUUUCGGCCUCGCCGCCACACGCGCCAUCUACGAGUCGGCAAUCGAGGUCCUUCCCGACCGCCAGACGGCAGAGAUGUGCCUCCGCUUUGCGGCAUUGGAGCGCAAGUUGGGCGAGAUUGACCGCGCAAGGGCGAUCUACAAGUAUGCGAGUCAAUUCUGUGACCCAAGGACGCACAGGAACUUCUGGAAGGAGUGGAACACUUUUGAAAUCGAGACGGGCAGCGAGGACUCUUUCAGAGAUAUGCUCAGGCUGAAGAGGAGCGUACAGGCUCAGUAUAACACGGACCUAUCAUACAUCUCUGCUGAGGCGCAGCAGGCUGCCAAGGGGGCGGCGACGGAGAUGGCGACGGCCGCAUCGAUGGCGGCGGAUCCUAUGGCGCAGCUUGAGGCUGAACAGCAGCAGCAGCAGCAGCGUGGGGGCGUUGCAUCUACCGGCAUGUUCGUUAGUGCGAAGACGGAGCAGGGCAGUGGGAAGAAGGGCGAAGAAGAGAAAGAGGAAAAGGACGAGGAUGAUGGGGAGGACGAGAUCGGAGGUGGCGCGAACCAGGAGAAGGUGGGCGGUGAUGAUGACGACGACGAUCUACUGUAGCAUCUUCCGCACUAUCAAACGCGAUGUCGGCGUCAUAGUCUUUGCGGAUACGAGUGCGGGAUAGUGAGAGGGCGAGGGGAGGUGCCGUUGACGUGUUGGGGGGGACGCUUGAGCCCGCAGCCAUGGGAAGCCUCGGCGAACGCGACGGAGAGUCUAAUGGAACGUUCGUAAGGACAACAGGCCGCCAUUUGUCGCCAGUGACUUCAUGAGCACGGCGUACAAUGACGUCGACGACUUCGUUCGCCCGCAUCCGCAGCUCCUCCAGGCGUUGCGAACCGCCUCGCGAUGGUGCCGGCUGUAUCGUCGGGCCGGCCUUCGGUUUGUUCCUGACCCAUGACGGAGCUUUACACAGAGACAUUGCGGCCCGGUGUUCCGCACUUAAAUUCAUUGGCAUUCCAAGCAGAG